AUGCGAAAUUGUAGUAGGAUACUGAUCACUAUAACAUGGUAUAAAGGGAAUAUUGAAAAUGAACAAAUAUUCAAUUCGGCAAUGUCGAGUUCUGUCAAUAAUAAACCUAUUGCCAUUCGAAGAGGUCUAAUGGAUUCAGAAUAUUCAAUUCAUCUAAUAUCAAAACGCUAUAAAUUUUUAAAACGAGAGCAACUGCUGAUUGAACAAGUAAAUAAAAAUGAUUAUGGUUAUUAUACAUUGACAAUUCGAAUAGGUACAAAUAUAUUUGAACGUUACUUAUAUCAUGUAAUCAUAUUUGAUCAAAACAUUGAAUUAUAUAUUAAACCUGAACAAUUUAUUUACAGAGAAGAACAACAGAUUAAUAUCACAUGUCAAGUAAAAUUCUUAGCUGCAAGUGACUAUGUAUUGAAAUCUCGUGUAGAAAUCAUAACAAAUUCAAUUCUCACAAUUUAUGAUAAUGAUCCUGAUUACAAAGAUAUACUAAAAGAUUCGUUCAGUGAAUGGUAUUAUUAUCGUGCAAUACUGCAGUAUACGAUAGAUGUGAAUGAUCAUAAUAAAAAUGUUAUAUGCCUGUUACAACAGCAGCAGCAGAAACAACAACAACAACAACAACAAACAAGUUUGUUAUCCACAGAAAAUCAAUCAUUAACAACACUGAAAUCUAUUUCCUAUCAAUUACAAAUUCAAUAUAAAGCAUACUUGAAAGGAAAUUAUCAUUUUAUCAAAUCUUUUGAUUCUAAUCAAGAUAUUCUAAUUAAUUGUAAAGAAUUUGAUGCUAAUCCAAAACCUCUCUAUACAUUAACAAGAAAUUUAAAUAAGGAAAAAGAAAUUAUAUUUAAGAAUAGUCAACAAGGAAUAUAUCUGAUUACAAAUGCAACAUGGAAACAUCGAGGUAUCUACAGUAAACAUUAG